AUGACAGCCCCCGAAACCCCGCCCGUGUCGCUCGUGGACCUGCCUAAGUCCGCACUUUUAGCUAUGUGCAGCGCUCUGGCCUCACCCGCAGCCCAUGCUGCUCUGCGCCUGACAUGCCAGCACCUGCGCGCAACAGACGCGUUGCUGCAGCGGCAAGUCCGCUUCGCCGGUGCAUGUGGCGGCACGCGCGGCCUGCCGCUGGCCUCUGCGGCGCAGCUGUCAGCGCGCUUCCCCGCUGCAGAGUGCGUAGUAUUUCUCGGCGUCGACUCUGCAGAGCAUCUGCUGCACCUUGGCACGCGCCUGUCGCAGCUGCCGCGCGGCGCGUGGGCGGCCGUGCGGCGCCUGCCGCGCGUCUGCGGGCGGCUCGAGUCCGUCGGAAUCCACUACACCGGCCGCGACGGCCUCGCGCGCCUGGCGCGCGCGCUCCCGCCUGUCGCUUCUUGGGUGACCGCCCUCGCCGUAGCGGCGCUGGCGUGCGCCGAGGGCGACGCGGCUGAGGUGGAGGCGGCCCUCUCGCAGCUGACGGCGCUGCGCAGCCUGGCAUGGGGCGACAUCCAUGACCCCGCCCCCGCCGACGCCGACGACCUCUCCCCCUAUGCGGCGCUGCGCGCGCUCGCGGGCGCGGCGCGCUUCAUGGCGGCGCUCGAGUCCAUCCGCGCUGCCGCGAAUGACCCUCUGAUGCUGCUGGCAGGCGGCGGCGGGGCGUUGCAGACGUUGGAGGUCAGUGUGGCGUGGGGGGAGGACCCGUUGCUUCCCAAGCUGCUGGGUCUGCCGCGGCUGGAGCUGCUGACCACGCUGACCGUCAAGCCCGACUGGGAUGAGACCCUCGACACCAGCGUGCUCGCCGCCAUCGCCGCCGCCUGCCCCAGCCUGGUGACCCUAGCCGUCGUAGGCUGGGACUUUGAAGUCGACCUCCGCGACACUGGCGACUGGAACACCGCCGCCAUCACCAUGCCCGCGCUGCGCACCCUGAAGCUGCACACCCUGCACGACGUCGGGCUGGCGCCGGGCGUACUGUCACGGGUCGCGCCCAGGCUGCGCGCGCUCUCUGUGCCGCUGGCCAGGCGCGAUGACUUCAUCACGGACCUGCUGCGCGGCCACACUGCGCUGGAGACCCUUGAGUACGACUGGCGGGAGCUGGGCCUCGACUGCAAACUGGAGGAGCCAGAGGAGCUCGACCUGCCGCAGCACUUUGCGGCGCUGCAGCUUUCGGUCGACGCCCCGCCCACCGUGCGGACGCUCGUGUUCCGGCCGCCGACCUUUGAGGAAUGCUUGGUCGUGGAUGAGGAGCAGAUCGCUUUGGAGUUGGCGCACCUUGCCAGGGCGGCGCGGACGUAUUGGCGGGCCUUUGAGGACCUGACCCUCUGUCUUCCGUUCACGCUGCCCAUGCUGCUGCGCCAGGGCCUGUCCGGCCUGGCGCAGGCGCGGGUGCUCUGCCUCGAGGGCUGGCAGUGGCCUCGGGACCCGCGUCGGUGGGCCCUGCACGGCAGCGCGGAUUCGGGGGCGGUGCCUUUGUACCCAAACCUGCGGCUUCUGUGCAUUGACUGCACCCACUUUGGUCCGGCUUUCCACCCCAUGGGUCGCAAGCGGCUGGAGCUGCUGCUUGAGCAUGUGUGGGCCUUUUUCUCAUCACGCUGUUCCUUGACUGUUGAGGUGCGCCUGAAGAAGGCUGAGCAGGACGCAACUGGCAACACCGUGUUCAUGAGGCUCGAAAGCCUGUACUCAAACACCCGCUUCAAUUUUGUUUAG